AGUGAUAAACUCUGCUGUGAGCCCUCCUGUAUGCUUCAGUCAGGAAGAUUGGGGAGUGUAGUUGUGCAUGAGAUUGGAAAAAGCAAGUGUGUCGAAACAAGCAGGCACAGAGCAGGCAGGACCCACCACGCAGCCCAGACACGGAGGUGUGUGUGCUUGUGGUUUCAUACUUGGCUGUUGACUUAGGGGCUUCUGAGUUGAGUGUGCAAGUGGCUACAUCGACAAGAAAACAGCAAUAGCUGUCUCCACCAAGUCCUUCUCCUUCUUUGUAGCUUGCUUAAAGGUGUCUGUGGGAAAACAUUGUUUUUUUCUUCCUUGAAAGAAAACAAAGCUGAAAGAAGGGCAAAGGUCAAGACAACUGGAGUGACCAUAACUUCUAACUCCCCAAGGACUUUUUUUUCCAUCCACCUUCAGGAGCAGACGACUACACUCACUAGAGAAACUCCAGCUCAUCACAACUGUCACCACAGCCUCUGAGCCAGAGAAAGAACAAGAGAAUCUGGGGAAGCCACCAUUCCAGCCCCCUCCUUCCCUUUUUCUUGGCUCCUGGCCCCUCCUCUACAGGCGCCCCAUGGUACCCUCCACCCCCAGUGGGGCAGGAAGCGUGAAAAAUCUCACUAAUGGGUUUAUUUGCUGUCAGACCAGCCGUGAUCUGUCACUCCCUAGGACUGCUCUACUUGACACUCCUUAGAGUUGAGUGAGCUUUUCAGCUUAGUGUGAACUUUACUUUUGCUACCUACUGAGACCAUCAUCACCUCUAGCCUUCCUCCCUAAGAAGGGAGUCCUUGAGUUGAAGUGCCUGUCCCUUUAACCAUUUUGCUCCACUGAAUCCAAGCAUUGUUGGGGAAACUUAAGUUGUCCCCAACAGAGGGUUGUGUGCGCUCCAAAGCGAGGCUUGUUUGAAGGAUCUGAAGACUACUUUUACGAGAUUUUGACUGGAGAACCAAAGAUGCGCCUUUGGCUGCUAGCCGCCUUGGCAGCUCUGCUUUGGAGUCAGUGCACACUCCUGGAAGGGGCUGAGGCCAAAAAAGCGCGCAAAAGGCCAAAAGAGAUGCCCCCGCAGCACACAGAGGUGUUCAACACAACACUUUCCAACAGCGAGGAGGAGGAUGAGAGCACAAAGGUCACAGAGAGCCAAAGAGUAGACCCACAUGGAUCAUGGAUGGAUUUUGUAAAGAGGCCUGUUGGCAACCCAGCAAAAUGCCGGAGAAGGAAGCGACCUCUGCCGGGACCUCAGGGACCUCCUGGCCCUCCAGGACCUCAGGGUCCACCAGGGGCCCCUGGUGCAGAGGUCACUCAAGAGGUUUUGUUGAAGGAAUUUAAAGAAAUGAUCAAAGAAGCCACAGAGAGAAGAUCGAUGGUGGACAAGGUAAGCGGGCAGAGCCAGCUGCCUACAACUCUGCUGGCACUGGAAGGUGUGGCGUCAUACAGGAGGAUCGAAGAAGCCUUCCACUGUAAGCUCAGAGGUCCUGUCGUGGUAGAGAAGAAGACACUGACUGAGCUGCAGAACUUCCAGACACCUCCUGCCAAAGGUGCCUUUCUCAGAGGAACAGGGAUGGAUCAGUCCACUGGUCGAUUUACAGCACCCAUCACCGGAAUUUAUCAGUUCUCUGCCAACGUCCAUAUUGACCACAGUGAGGUGAAAAGGAGUAAAAACCAACUCAGGGCUCGAGACAACGUGAGAGUCCUAAUCUGCAUUGAGUCUCUCUGCCAUCGAUACACUUCUUUGGAGAUGAUCGUUGGUUUGGAGAGCAACAGCAAGAUAUUCACGGUGUACGUUCACGGAUUGCUGGAGCUCCAGGCUGGUCAGUACACUUCUAUAUUCGUGGAUAACGCAGCAGGAGCUUCAAUCACGAUACAGAACGGCUCGGAUUUUAUGGGCAUGCUGUUGGGGGUAUAGCCGCCAUUCCCUUUUUCCUCCCGUCUGAGACUGCUUCCUUUUGGACUGCCAUCCAACACUGAAUCACAUAGUGGACAGCCAGAGGCAGCUAAUUGCUCUGCAAACGCUUCAGUAUGACACGACUGAACCACUGACUGUGGCACAUCUGUUUUUACGCCGCCGGUAAAAGACAGUCGGAUGCAAUUCUUAUCACAGCUUGGAAUGAAAAGACAAUGUGGAUCUUUAAUUCAGCUGUAGGCAUGCAAAAAAAAGUAUUUUCAUAUGUGGCAAAAUAACUUUUUUUUGUUUUUUAUCUGAGUUUUAAGUAUAUGAUAUUGAACAGAAUUUAUUUUGUGAUACUUAUAUAAUCUACAGUAGAUGUAUAAUGAGAUAUAUGAUAAGAUAAACAUUGCUUUGGAAUGAAAAAUGACUAUGAAAUGGAUUAAUUAUUUGAGUAAAUCGACGGCUAUGGUGUAGCAGACGAGGUAUUUUUCUCAAAAAGGCGCUGAGUAUGGACUCACUGAACCCGACAGAACCUCCUGUUGGCGUUCCCAUUUCUAAUGUACACACCUCCUGCUUUGUUGACUCCUAACGAUCACACAAUAGAUAACGCAACCAUAACAACCUGCACUCGGAAAGCGCAUCACGAUUGCUUCGUAAUGAACAUGUUCUCCAGCUUGUGAAAGGGCAGAACCUCGAGGCGAUCAAGCUCACCAUAAAAAGCAAUGAUUCUGACUGUGUUUAUUCAUCAUUCCCUGCUUUAAAAACUUCCAGAUUUGAGCUAGGAUCCCUGGAAUGUAUGUGGGCACAUUUCAACCGGUGUCACCAUGACAAAUUAGACACAUUAGAGAGAUUCCUCUUGAACACUUUUCUUGUAUUCCCGUAUGUCACGACCACGUCAAAAACAACAAGCCUUCUUCAUUGUUUUUUUUCCUUCCUGCUCGCUGCGUGCAAGCUGAAUUCAUUUAUUUCAUAACAGACAAAUAUAUGAGUUAAAUACAAUUGUUUAAAGUAUUUAUGUGAGUAUUAGGAUAUCAAUAUGAGAGCGAUAAUAAAUAAUGUGAAUAAAACACCGUUUGUAAGCAGAUUUACUCGUCAGGGGGUUGUACUGUACUAUAGCAUGGAGCUUGAACAUUUUUAAUUUUCAAUAAAUGGAAGUAAUAUUUGUU